GAAACAUACAGUUGCAACACAAAUUUGCGAAACAUGAAGUUUCUUCUCACUUCGUUUUGCUUCCUUUGCCUUUGCAUUUCUCUUUUCCCUUCUUUUUCCUCCUCUGCCAUACUAUUUCAGGGGUUCAACUGGGCAUCAAGUGAAAAAGCAGGAGGAUGGUACAAUUUCCUGAAGAGCAAAGUCCCUGACAUAGCAGAUGCUGGUGUUGAAUAUGUUUGGCUUCCUCCUCCCUCCAACUCUCAUGAUGAUGGACCUCAAGGUUACUUGCCGAAAAGGCUAUAUGACCUUGACACAUCCAAAUACGGGAACAAGAACGAAUUGAAGGCUCUAGUGGCAGCAUUUCGUGAGCGAGGAGUAAAAACCAUAUCCGACAUAGUUAUAAACCACAGAACAGCAGAAAGAUUAGACAGCCAAGGACUUAGCAUCUUCGAAGGUGGUACUCCCGACACUCGUCUAGAUUGGGACGUAUCCUACAUUUGUAGCACAGAUGUUGAAUUCAAAGGAACAGGAAACCCCGACACAGGAGACGAUUGGGGUGGUGCACCUGACAUCGAUCACACAAAUCCUAAAGUACAACAAGAGUUAUCAGAUUGGAUGAAUUGGUUAAAAACAGAUGUUGGUUUUGUGGGAUGGAGAUUCGACAUGGUUGUUGGGUACGCUCCAAGAUAUACAAAAACAUACAUGGAAAAAACAUCACCUGAUUUUGCAGUUGGAGAGCUAUAUGAAAAGGUUGCAUUGGGUUCAGAUGGAAAACCGUUGAGUAAUCAAGAGGCACAUCGUCAAAGAUUGGUGAAAUGGGUGAAUGAUGCUGGUGGUGUAGUUACUACGUUUGAUUUCACAACAAAAAUGAUUUUAGGUGCUGCUGUUGAAGGUGAACUUUGGAGGAUGAAAGAUGGUAAUGGGAAACCACCAGGGAUGAUUGGAAUAAAAUCAUCAAAUGCUGUUACUUUUGUAGAUAAUCAUGAUACUGGCUCUCAGAAAUUAUGGCCAUUUCCUGAUGAUAAAGUUAUGUUGGGUUAUGUUUACAUUCUUACUCAUCCUGGACACCCCACAAUUUUCUAUGAUCACUACAUAGAAUGGGGGCUAAUGGAGCCAAUAAAGAAAUUGACAGCUAUAAGGAAAAGGAAUGGAAUUACAGCCACAAGCAGUGUGAAUAUUUUGGCUGCUGAGUCUGAUCUUUACAUGGCUGAGAUUGAUAACAAAAUUAUUGUAAAGAUUGGACCCAAGUUGGAUCUUGGAAACCUUCUUCCAUCCAACGCACAGGUCGCUACCAAUGGACAAGACUAUGCUGUAUGGGAACUUAAGUGAAGCAUCUCACUAUUUACUAAUAUGAAAUCAAAAUAAACAAUAAAUAAAUUUGCAUUGUCAUGCUCCAUUGUAUAAGAUCUCAAACUCAAAAACAUACCUUUGAUUUGGUAAUAUCUUACA